UCAGAAGAACAGGAAGACUCCUCUGCCGCUAAAGCCGUAGUCGCUCGCUUCCCCCUGUCAUUUAGGGGUUAAAAGUUAAAUAAACUUGUAGCAGUCAUGGAAACUAAUUUAGAAAACAAGUCGGGCCAAUUCAUCCGUAAUACCAUCUCGUCACCCGUGUUGUAGUCGCCGAAACAACUGGUGGAAGUGGGAAGAGCGGAGUUUUUUUCUUUCCACGGGGCUUUACCUACUGUUGUCAGAAGAGCUAGCGUAGCUGAAGCUAACAGUUAGCUCACUUAUUACCGCAUACUUUCGAGACUCAAAGUUCACUUUGUUUAACGUAUUGGUUCCUGUCACACGUGGAUACUAUAGGAAUAAGUCGUUUUUUGUAUUUUAUUAACGCAACAGGAAGUUUUCGUACUUUUCCUUCCGAGGGCUUGGGCUGUGCUUUGAAUUUCCCUCCUUCAGUGAUACAGACAGGCGGUUUAGCGAGGGGCUCGUUUGGUGUAGUUGGCUCUCUACCAAAUCAUUAGCAGCAUUGUGCUAAUUGUGGCUAAGUUAGCCAAGGCACUAGCUUAGGCCCAAGGGAAUCAACAGUUGGCUUUUUAACAAAGUUUUGAAACACCUUCUGAGGAUACGUUUGCUAUUUUUUGUACGAUUGAGUUCGGGGAGAUUACCGCCACAAGGGUUUAUUCUGUCUCCCAACUCAAGGAAACGGAUUAAAUUAUCAGUAUGGAUCCAAACACGGGGAACUCUGCUUCAGCGGCUGGUCCCAAGAAGGACAAGAAAUCAAAGAAGAGCUACGAGGAUGGAGAUGGGAAAAAGAAAUUUAAACUCAAACGCCUGAUUCCUGACGAGUUGGAGCGUUUCACCAGCAUGAGGAUGAAGAAGGACAAGGAGAAGCCCGGCCCGGUCCCAAGUCAGCGGCACUCUUCAGCGGCCAACUACGAGAUCAACGCUCAGAGUCCAAUGCUGCACGAUCUUUCAGAUGAAUCUGUCCUGGACCUGUUCGAACAGAUGCUGGUGGAUAUGAACCUGAAUGGGGAGAAGCAGCAGCCUCUCAGGGCAAAAGACAUUAUGAUCAAACGAGAGAUGGUCUCCCAGUACCUCCACACGUCUAAAGCGGGUCAAAACCAGAAGGAGAGCACCAAAUCAGCCAUGAUGUACAUCCAGGAGUUAAAGUCAGACUACAGAGACGUACAGCUGCUGAGCUGUCUGGAAUCUCUGCGAGUCUCACUCAACAACAACCCUGUCAGUUGGGUGCAGAACUUCGGAGAUGAGGGGCUGGCCCUGCUGCUGAAUCUGCUUAGAAGACUACAGGACGACAAAGAAGAGUGCUCACAUAUCGGAGUGAAAUGUCAACACGAGAUCAUCCGCUGUCUAAAAGCCUUCAUGAACAACAAGUGCGGCCUAAAAUCCAUGCUGGAGUCAGUGGAAGGGAUUCCUCUGCUGGUCAAAGCCAUCAACCCCCGGGUGUCUCACAUGAUGGUGGACGCUGUCAAGCUGCUUUCUGCCAUCUCCAUAAUGGAACAUCCUGAGAACCUUCAUGAGCGUGUUUUGGAGGCCAUCACAGAGGAGGCAGAGAGACAGGACAUCGAAAGGUUCCAGCCUCUCCUUUCUGGCAUGAGAAAUCACAACAUCGCUCUAAAGGGUGGCUGCAUGCAGCUAAUCAACGCCUUGAUAAGCCGCGGAGAAGAGCUGGACUUCAGGAUCCAUAUUCGCUCUGAACUGCUGAGAUUGGGACUCAGAGAGCUGCUGACGGAGGUGCGGAAGAUAGAAAACGAAGAGCUGAGGGUGCAACUCACCGUGUUUGAUGAGCAGGCUGAAGAUGACUCUGAGGACCUCAAAGCACGUCUUGAUGACAUCCGCAUUGAGAUGGAUGAUGUGAGGGAAGUGUUUGAGAUCCUAGUCAACACAGUGAAGGACUCCAAGGGAGAAACCCACUUCCUGUCCAUGAUGCAGCACCUGCUGCUAGUCCGUAAUGACUACUUGGCCAGGCCUCAGUACUACAAGUUGAUAGACGAGUGUAUUGCUCAGGUUGUGCUUCACAGAAAUGGAGCGGACCCGGACUUCAAGUGCCGUAGCAUCGGCUUCAACAUCGAAGGCUUGAUAGACAACAUGGUGGACCAAACCAAGGUAGAAACAAGCGAGGCCAAGGCAUCUGAGCUGGAAAAGAAGCUGGAUGCAGAGCUGACAUCACGCCACGAGUUGCAGGUGGAGCUGACGAAACUGGAGGGUGACUAUGAGCAGAAGCUGCAGGACUUGAGCCAAGAGAAGGAACAGCUGGCCAAUUCGAAGCUGGACCGAGAAAAGGAGAACCAGGGACUGCAACUACAGCUAGGCACUCUGCAACAGCAGAUUGAAAAGCUGUCUAAAGAUCUGGAAGAGGCUAAGACGAGAGGUUGUCACAAGUUACUGUUCCCGGCCAACACCAGUUUGCGCCUCCACCUCCCGCCCCCUCCUCUCCCAGGCCAGAAUGCAGGUAUGCCCCAUCCACCUCCACCCCCGCCCCUACCUGGCCAGACAGGCAAUAUGCCUGGGUCCCCUCCCCCUCCUCCUUUACCGGGUCAAGCGGGCAUUCUUCCUCCACCUCCUUUACCUGGCAUGCCAGGACCACCACCCCCCCCACCCCUCCCUGGCAUGCCAGGACCUCCACCCCCCCCACCCCUCCCGGGCAUGCCAGGACCUCCACCCCCUCCACCCUUACCUGGGAUGGGACCUCCACCACCACCACCCCUCCGCCAGGGUUUCCUGGUGCCCCCCCCUCCACCGCCAGGCCCAGGCAUGCCUCCCCCUCCACCGUUUGGCAUGGGGGGCUGGGGUGGCCCCGCACCACCCUCACUGCCUUUUGGACUCGAAGCCAAGAAGGAGUACAAGCCUGAGGUCCAACUGAAGAGAGCCAACUGGAGCAAGAUCGGGUCUGAGGACCUCUCUGAGAAGAGUUUCGGAUCAAGGCAAAAGAGCAUAUUUGAAAACAACGAGCUCUUUGCCAAACUCACCUUGGCCUUCUCCUCACAGACAAAGCCCACUAAAGCCAAAAAGGAGCAGGAUGGCGGGGAUGAGAAGAAAACGACGCAGAAGAAGAAGGUGAAGGAGCUGAAGAUUCUUGACUCCAAGACCUCGCAGAACCUUUCCAUUUUCCUGGGUUCGUUCCGUCUUCCUUAUGCGGAAAUGAAAAACGCCAUCUUUGAGGUUAAUGAGAAGGUCAUCACAGAGUCCAUGCUUCAGAACCUGAUCAAACUGCUGCCAGAAGCAGAGCAGCUGAAGGUCCUGGGAGAAAUGAAGGAUGAAUACGACGACCUGGCUGAGUCCGAGCAGUUUGGAGUAGUGAUGUCCGGCAUAAAGCGGCUGAUGCCACGGCUUCAGGCCAUCCUGUUCAGGCUGCAGUUCGAGGAGCAGAUGAACAACAUCAAGCCAGAUGUGGUGUCUGUGACAGCGGCCUGCGAGGAGCUGAGUAAGAGCCAGUCCUUCACCAAGCUGCUGGAGAUCAUCCUCCUCGUAGGGAACUACAUGAAUGCUGGCUCCCGCAAUGGGAAGGCAUUUGGCUUCUCCAUAUCAUACCUGUGCAAGCUUCGUGACACCAAAACAGCUGAUCUGAAGCAGACACUGCUCCAUUUCCUGGCUGACGUGUGCCAGGAGCAGUACCCUGAGAUCAUGGGCUUUGCAGACGAGCUCGUCCAUGUGGAAAAGGCCAGCGAGUUUCGGCAGAGUCACUUCAGAAGAACCUUGAGCUAAUGGGCCGUCAGAUCAAGACACUGGAAAAAGAUCUGGAAACCUUCCCUCCUCCACAAAAUGACAAGGACCUGUUUGUGGAGAAGAUGGCAAUUUUUGUGAGUUCUGCCCAUGAGCAGCAUGAGAAGCUGGAUCUGCUGCACAAGAAUAUGGAGAAGCAAUACACUGACCUGGGACAGUACUUUGUCUUUGACCCGAGAAAAAUCUCAGUGGAGGAAUUCUUUGGAGACCUCAACACCUUUAAAAACAUGUUCCAGCAAGCAGUAAAGGAGAAUCAGAAGAGGAAGGAGGCUGAAGAGAAGAUCAAGAGGGCCCAAACUGGCCAGGGAAAAGGCAGAGAAGGAGAAGGAGGAGAAACUCAAGAAGAACCAGCAUCUCGACAUCAACACAGACGGGGAUGAAACUGGUAUCAUGGAUGGUCUGCUGGAGGCGCUGCAGUCGGGCGCUGCCUUCAGGAGAAAGAGAGGACCACGGCAAGCAGCCAACCACCGACGAGCUGGUCAUGCAGUGACCAGCAUCCUGGCCAAAGAGCUGAUGCAGGAAGACACGCCUCCAUCCAGCCAAGUGACCGCAAAGAAGAAAAAGUCAGAGGAGAAGGAAGAGCCCAAACUAGAAGGAGCAGAGUCAUUAGAGGAGUUACUGGAGACGACUCUCUCUCGGUCCAAUUAGGCCCCCACC